AUGUCAAUUACAUCACCGAGGGACUCUGAUACCAUCGCGCCAGAUAUUACAGCAGCCAAAAACCUUGACCAAGGGCUUUCCUACGAGCUUGUGUCAAAAGCAAAGUUUCAGGCCUACCACAUCAUAAGGCCCGGUCCUCAGGCCACCUCUAUAUACUACAUUGAGACCCAUGAGACUCUCAAAAAGAACAAGUUUGACCUCGUACUUCACGAAGGACACUCCAAGGACGGAGAAGUCCUUGGGGUCGGCAAAAUGCAUCUCCAAGGCUUCACUAUUGGGCUUGGAGAUCCAGCCAGAGAGAUAGAGGGMAAGCCGAUGAUAUGGGAGAGAUUGGAACGGCUAGAGAAGUACCGCCACAAAGUAUACCAUUUUGAUUUCGGAACUAGCGCACAUAGGAUGACGUACACAUACCGAAAAACAUAUGGUGUACUAGGGAGGCUGAAAAGCAUGGAACUACGCUCUGGAGGCAUUGGUAAAGAGGAUGGAGAGCUCCUGGCUAAAUGGGUAGGAAGCAGUUCUUGGACGAUGAAGGCCGGCAGCUUAUUCAUUGCCAACAUGGCAAAGAGCAGCCAAGAUGACAAUGCACAUCUUGAUAGAGACGCUAAGAAAUGGGAAAUCAUGGUUUGCUUAACCGCAUUUGCAAUUAUUGAGAGUCAGCACAGAAGGAGUAAGGGUUAA